AUGUCUUUUACCUCGUCCCCUCCGGAGGACGUCACCGACCUCUUCAGACGACGCAAUUUGACGAACAUCCCGCGGGAUCAGAAGGAGCUACUGGAGGACUCGGAUUCCUGGGCGGUCGACCUGAAGAAUACGCCUCAUGGGCUUGCGCAUGUCCCAGGGCAUGUCUUGCAGACGGUGAAGGAGGCCUACACGGCCCAGAAAGCGGCCAUCGACAGUUCUACGCCAAAGUCACGAAAGCGAAAUGGAAGUGUCGUGGCAUCUACGAAUAGCAAGCGCAUGCGCAAUGGCAUCACAAAUACCCCAAGGGAGGACUCGGAGGAGUCAGCACAAUCGUCGCCCGAACGAGAAAUCUCCUGGGAGUCAUCUCCCACUCGACCUGGCCCCUCCAAGUCGAUUCAUGUGGCCAUCAAUACAACGACGGUCCAGUCUUCGAUGAUUCAGGAAACGCCUAAGGCAGCUCGGGACCCUCCCCUAAAAAGGCGCAGUCCUUCUGAACCGUCUGAGGACGAAUCCGAUAACGAAUUAGAAACCGAGAUCCCCCAGGGCAUGCCGCAACCCGGCGCCCCCGUUAAUCGGACAGCAGCUCGCCUCGAACCAACUGCUCCGUUUCCUAUGCCGAUUUCCAGCAAGCCAAUGGCUACACCGCCAUGUGCGCAACCGUCUAAUCCCACCCAACCCAUUAUUCCAAACACUGUCGUUGCCCCAAGGGAGACAUGUCAAGAACUUGCUACCACCAAAAAACGGCAGUCCCGGCGAAUAUUCAAAGGCAUCAAUGUUGGGGAUACGGAGAAAAAGGUCCAUCACAUGCCGAACCGCCUACCAGCAACAAAGACAUUUGCGACUGUCGAGAGCUCCAUCCCAACAUCGUCCGACUCGAUCAUCCCUGCCACUCUGAAAACGACUGCGACACAGGACUCUGUCAUACAAUCCAUUGAGGAGAACGAGUCCGAUCACGACGCCAAUGAAUCAAUGCGAUCGGAUGAUGAGCCGCCGGUGGCGGAGCCUUCGAAUCAGGAAGGUGAAUCUAUCAUGCAAUCCAUUGAAGCACCCGAAGUUCACCAGAACGCCAAAACCCCCAUGAAACGAAGUAGCCAGAAACCAGUCGCCGCGCAACAAUCAGACGCUCAGCCCCAGGUGGAAACCUCGCCCGUGCAGGUGAAUGGUCGUCAGGGGUCACAGAGCAAGGUCUGUCCGCCACUGUGCAUUGGUCCCUCAGCAAGUAAGGAACCGUACGAAGUCUUCCUCCACCACUAUCCAUUGUUCGCAGAGGACGACUGGGGUCGGAAGGAAGCAGGCACCAAAAUGAGCUUUGUCAUUGCUUGUGUCUAUCUCAACUGGCUCCGUCGACGGAAGAAACUGAGGGACUAUCUGUAUGACGACUUCAUCCGUGCCUUCACAGAAGAUUACAAGGAGUACGUCGAGAGCGCGAAGGGCAAGCAAAAAACCCUGGUCGCGAUUGAGUGGUUCAACAAACUGUCUGAGAAGCCCACUUACAGUCAGUACGUGGUGAACCGGGGCAACCUCAGCUUCAUCCUCAAGUCUUACCCCGAGGAGGUGGCCAAGGCGAGCAUGACCAUGAUGAAGGCCGAUGACAUUAGCAUAUACACGAGCUCGGAUCACGAGUCAGAAUCUGAUGAUGAUGUCGUGUCGAAUCCCAGUGCCCCGUCUGACAAGGUGUCUCAGCGCUGGCGUAGCAAAGGAGCCGUCAUCCAAGGUCUCAGACAAAUCAGGGCUGAAGCAAAGGCCGAUGGCAGCGCCAGCACUAUCGUCUGCUUCCAGGCCUCGAAGGCCCGUCGUGAAAGCGCCACCACCGGUCUCAUCGCGUCCCCGAGAGAUUCUGACUCAGGCUCCCGCCCCGCCCUCACCUCAGAUCCCCAGAACGUCCAUGGCGCCGCCGUCCACCAUCGCGACGCCAUCUACAAGAUCGCGGGCACCUCGGACGUCGCAGUACUUUGA